UUAAUUUUCAGUUGUUGUCUUGUGAUGAGGGAAGCAAAACAUUUUUAUUUUCGUCGUUUUUAUUUUUUGAUUAUAUAGAAAAGUCGGUGGUCGAGGAUCAUGUGAAAGUGGGAAAAUAAAAAGCUUUUUUAGUGGACUAUAAGUGCACAGGUACGGCAUAAAUGCAAUAAACCAGUUUGCAAAAGUGCAAAGCAGACGGUGAAAGGAAAAGGCAGUGAAAAGAGAAUAGAGAAAAAAUAUAGCACUCAGUAUUGUGGGCGUGUGUGUGUGUGCGUGAACCAUAUUGUUAAAAAGAAAAAAACAAACAGAAAAUCAGGAGAAAACAACAAUGCAGCAACAACAACAACAGCAGCAGGGCAACCUUGCCAGCUACAACAACAAUAUGAACGUCUUGCCUAAUUACACGCUCAGCGGGAUGAGUUCAUUUGAUGCCGAAUCUCUGCCAGAUUAUUCCGAAUUUGAUACAGAAUCGGUAACUUUGGACUAUUACAAGGAAAGUGUUCUACGUCCACCAGCGGAGAAAAUGGCGCCGACAACAACGAUUGAGACCAUCACAAUCACGAGGCCGCUGAAGGUGAUUGCAUUUAUUUGCGGCGUCAUAGUGGUGGUCUUGAUGAUCAUGGCCCUGGCGUCCACAGAUUGGCUAAUGGCUUCCGACUGGCGCCAAGGCCUCUUUGUACACUGCAUCGGGGAGGAUUCGUUGGCUCCGUUGCCAUUCAACAUACAGGAUCCGCCAGGAUGCUACUGGACGCGCGAUGUGGGCUACAUUAAGGCCACAGCCGCCCUAUGCAUUAUCACGCUGAUAACGGACGUUAUUGCCACAGUACUGACAGGUAUGGGCCUCAGGACGCAGAACCAUAAUCUAAAGUAUAAGUUUUAUCGCAUAGCGGUAUUGGUGAUGCUCGUAUCUUUGCUAGCCGUGCUGUCAGCUUUGAUCGUGUAUCCAGUGUGCUUUGCCGGCGAACUUACCAUGGCCAACCGGCGAGUCUGGGAGUUCGGCUGGGCCUAUGGCGUAGGCUGGGGUGCGGCCAUCUUCCUGUUUGGGGCCGUCGUCCUGCUGCUAUGCGACAAGGAGUCGGAGGAGAUUUACUAUAAGGAGAGGAAAAUCGUACAUGAAAACCAAAUGCGCGCCUAGGUAAGGCCGCACGACCUGCCUGACGUCGUUCUGUAGACUAAGUAUAUAGCAACCAACCAACAACAACACACACAGACACAUAGAUUUCGAUUUAAAUCAGACUCAAGAACAGAAGCAAUUUGCAGCUAAACGAAUGUGUUAUAAUUAUAAUUGUGUAUAUCAUGACCAUUUCUAACCAAAAACCCGUAGCCAUCACCCCACCAUCUCAUAGUACUCGGCAUUUGUUUAGAUGAGGUUUCCGAAUCAGUUUAUUUUGUUUUCGUUUCGAAAGGUAAUCGUAGACAAACCACAAACACACGACCCACAUCUAUCAUGUAGUCAGUCACAUGUACGUCUAGGAAUUCUGAAAGCUAAUCGCAUUAACCAUACCCGUAUAUACAAAUUGCAUGCCCAAUGAGUUCCAAAACAUUGUAGACAACUUUUAGAGCUUGCGUUUCUGUAGAAAAGUAAGAGCAAGUUGCAGUUGAAAUUAGACCUCUUACAAUAUUGUACUCAUACUCAGCUAUAUAUACAUAGCAAUGUACUCUCCAUGUAUCUCAAACCUAAUCGUGAGCAGAAUUUAAAUUAGAAUUUGUAUAUGUACGUAAUCGAAAGACUAGGUAACCAUGACAUAUUACGCCACAAAAUCAUCGUCAUUGUCACCGUUUCAUGCCGAUUACGCUUUCAAAAUAUUUGGUUUGUACUCUAUAAAUCCGUUUCGAAUAUUAUAAAUUAUGUGUUUGUCCCAGUGUAUUAUUGUGCGACUAACACCCAUUGUAACCGAAUAUGUGUUGCUCUUUUACCUUUUGUAAAAUAGUUUAACCAACUAGCUGUACGGUAUUGAACUCGUACUUGAAUGUCCCCGAGCCGUUUAAUAUUUGUUUAAGUCGACUCUUAAGAGUAUGCAUUCGAUUUUAGUAAAUGUAUCUUUUGUAACCACCUAUUCUUUAAUAAUUUAUUGAUAUUUGUGUUCUUACCUUACUCGAAAACAUAUCACAUUCAAAUGACCACAAUAAAACGUUUAUGACACCUUUUGUUAACACUUUAAAACAUUAUUUUCUUUAAAAUCUAAUCUUGUUAAGGUUUUUAAGCUUUAAGUUUUUUUUUACAUAAAUAAUCCGUGUUUUUCUUUGCAAAACCAGCAUAAGGUAUGAGUAAUGGCGAUAACGCAACAACUAAUAAGUAAGCCAUCCUUUUUAAUAUUUAUCUUCGAAAUUUGGUAUCUCAUCAGUUAAUCAUUCGAAAUUCAUCCAAUAUAUCUCGCAAUUAAAUCAUCUUGUCGCCUUUUCUGAAUUCUAUUCCGUUCGUUUCUGUUUUUAACGAGAAAAUUUUGAUUACACGCCGAAAUUAAUGAAGCAAAUGCAACCAAAAUUAAAUGCGACCUAAAUUACAACAAUACAAAGGGAAAUAUAUAUGCUUGAACAUCCAUAUAUACAUAUAUAUGAAGAAAUUGAACAAAUCGUAGGCAGGAACGUGCGGUGAAAAAAAGACGAAACGAAAACAAUUAUAGCGAGUAUAAAGACAACAAUUAUACCAAACCAAUUGAAUUAAUUAAACUAUGCUUACAUACACGCAUGUUUAUAUAUAGUUAUAUAUAUAAGUUUAAAGUAUGUAACAUUUAUUAAAUACGAAAAACAAAAACAAACAUAUAAUUAACGAAACAAUUAUACUCCAAAACGAAACUCUACGAAACGUUACAGUUUUCCAUUGUGUAACUAACCAACACAUGAGCGAGGAUCAUUUUGUUUUAACAAGCAAACAAAAUAUAUAUACAAACACAUAUGAAUAUAUUUAUUAAAAAGUUUUAACAUUUAAUUUUUAAAUUUACAUUCGAUAGAGCAAAAAAAAAAAUGAAAAGAAUAAGUAAAUUAUCAAAUGUAUUGCUAGUGAUCCAUAUACUGUAAAACAUAUGCCUAGAUCAUAUUUUAUAAAUUCCCUAUGCAUACCUAUACCCGCAGCUAUCAAACUAUGAAUUUCCUUAAAUUAUACUACAGUUCACUGGACGUUACCAUGAAUUGAAGAUUUGGCUCCCCAAUCCCUAAAAAUCAUCGAACACCCAUCUUUCCCCAUCCGCAUAACCCGAACAGUAUCGGUUAAAAUGUACAUAUUUCAGAAGAGUUUUCAAAAAAAUAAAAUAGUGUUUAACGUUCACAUAAA